CUGCAUAAAAACAUAGGCCUCAGCUUCUUCUUUUCUUGCUUCUGAGGCCUCUCUUAAAACGAAAACCAGUGAGAAAAGCUCCUCUCCACCCCUUUCAGGUAUGGUAGGGAAGAUUGUACUGGUUUUGUUGGUGGGUCUUAUGGGAAUUACAUACAAGACCAUUACUCCACCUCCUCCCAAAAUAUGUGGCUCCCCUAGUGGCCCACCUGUUACUGGACCUAGGGUCAGGCUUAAAGAUGACAGACUUUUAGCUUAUUUUGAGAAAGGAGAUGCUAGAGCGAAGGCCACCUAUAAGAUUGUCAUGGCUCAUGGCUUUCACUGUUCUAGAUACGACAGUCUUCUUGCCUCUCAGGAAUUCUUGGAGGAACAUGGGGUGUAUAUUUUGUCAUAUGACAGAGCAGGGUAUGGAGAGAGUGACCCUAACCCAAAGAGGUCAGUGAAAAGUGAAGCUUUUGAUGUUGAGAACCUUGCUGAUGCUCUUCAACUGGGGCCCAAGUUUUAUGUGAUGGGUUUCUCCAUGGGUGGCCACACUGUUUGGAGCUGCCUUAAAUACAUACCACACAGGCUAGCUGGUGCAGCAUUGAUUGCUCCUGUGGUUAAUUAUUGGUGGCCCAGUUUUCCUCCAAGCUUAUCCCAAGAAGCAUUCAAAUGGCAGCUAGUUCAAGAUCAAUGGGCAGUUAGGGUCUUUCAUUAUGCGCCACGGUUGACCUAUUGGUGGAUCACCCAAAAAUGGUUUCCAGGCUCCAGCGUUUCUGCAAGUGACAAUAAGAUUUUCAAUCCAUGGGAUACAAAGUUGAUUCCUAACAUCACAGAAUUCAGAAAGCAUUUUGAGCACCAAGCACGUCAACAAGGAAUUUAUGAGUCCCUGGUUAGAGAUGCAAAUGUGGGGUUUGGCAGUUGGGAUUAUGAUCCCAUGGAACUCCACAAUCCCUUUCCCAAUGGUGAAGGUUCUGUUCACUUGUGGCAUGGUGAUGAUGACUUGAUUGUGCCCGUUAUGCUCCAGCGUUAUAUUCCCACUAAACUUCCAUGGAUUAAAUACCAUGAGGGCCCUCCAAUUACAGGACCAAGAAUCAAGCUCAAUGAUGGCAGAUUUCUUGCUUAUUUUGAGAAAGGGGUGCCUAGAGAGAAGGCCCACUACAAGGUAGUCAUGGUUCAUGGCUUCGACGGUUCGAGAUGCGACAGUGUUCUCGCCUCCCAGGUUUUACCUGAAUUCUUGGAGGAGCAUGGGGUGUAUAUUGUGUCAUAUGAUAGAGCAGGAUAUGGAGAGAGUGACCCUAACCCAAAGAGGUCAGUGAAAAGUGAAGCUUUUGAUGUUGAGAACCUUGCUGAUGCUCUUCAACUGGGGCCCAAGUUUUAUGUGAUGGGUUUCUCUAUGGGUGGCUACACUGUUUGGAGCUGCCUUAAAUAUAUACCACACAGGCUAGCAGGUGCAGCCCUCAUUGCCCCUGUAAUCAAUUACUGGUGGCCUGGUUUUCCUUCGAAUUUAUUGAAAGAGGGAUAUAAUUGGCAACUUGUUCAGGAUCAGUGGGCACUUAGAAUCUUCCAUUAUUUGCCAUGCUUAACUUAUUGGUGGAACACACAAACAUGGUUCCCAGGAUGUAGUGUUCCAUUGGCGGACCCAAGGAUUUUCAACCCUUGGGAUACUCAGAUGCUCCCUAAUAUCUCAACGAUGAGAAAGCCAUAUAUGGGGCAAGCAAGGCAACAAGGGAUUUAUAACUCCAUUGUUCGAGAUCUGGUAGUGGGGUUUGGCACUUGGGAUUUCGACCCCAUGGAUCUUGAGAACCCCUUUUCUGAUGGAAAUGGCUCAGUUCACUUGUGGCAUGGAGACGACGAUCGAAUAGUGCCCCAUAUGCUUCAACGUUACAUUGCCACGAAACUGCCUUGGGUUCAUUACCAUGGGCUUCAAGGUGUAGGCCACAUGCUCAUAUAUUCUGACUAUAUGUCUGAGAUGAUCAUAAGGGCCCUCUUGCACGGAGCCAAUAAUUCUAACUAGUUUCUUUCUAAUAUACAUUGUUUUGUAGUUUUAAUUUUGGUUUCUAGUUUGAAAGUCUUCUAGAUUUUUGAAUGUUAGUAUCUAUUUGAGUACUUGCAUACAGGGCUUAUAAGGUGUUGGAAUACAUGUGGUAGGAUGAGAAGCUAUUUGAAUCAAACAUUGUGAAGGAAUUUUCACAAGGCAAAGAUUAUAUUUUUUCUUGUUCUUAUAAAGGAUUUGGCGUUAUAGAGGCAUGGAAUUAAGUUGUCAA